CCAUCCUUGCGCUGCUUCUCACUGCUUCGCCAUUCAUGCGGUCGUGCCAGCAGAUUGCCAGUGCCCUGUUGUCAAAAUGGCAGCCUCUUCUGUGAUUUGCCCCCAGACGGUGAGCAGGGUAAGUUCAGUCCUCAAUCGAGAGGUGAAGCAAUUUGGAAAGAAAUACAUGUUUGAUGGGAACGCAGAAACAUGCUGGAAUUCUGACCAGGGCUCCAUCCAGUGGCUGACAUUGGAGUUUCCACACCCCAUCAAGGUUUCCCAAGUUCAAAUACAGUUCCAAGGUGGAUUUGCAAGCCGGAAAUGCAUACUGCAUGGCUGCAGCAAAGGAGAAGAACUUUCCCAGAUCGCUGAAGUGUACCCUGAAGAUACAAACUCUCUCCAAAGCUUUUCUCUCUCAGGGGCGCUUAUGGAUAAACUGAAAAUCACCUUUGAAGACAGCACAGAUUUCUUUGGACGAAUUGUCGUCUACCACCUGGAUGUUCUUGGGGAAAAGCUGUAACGCGAAAG